AUGACAUAUCAGGUAAGUCCGGCAUAUCUUAAAUAUCUAGAUGAUGAACGAAAGGGCAGAGUAAGAACAAAAAGUUGGCAGUUCUGGAAACCGGGUCCACCGGCCAAUCCAUUUGGUACGGGAAAGGGUUUCAAAUUUGAAGACAUGUAUGAUGAGCUCGACGACAACGACUUUAGGCGAAAUACCGGACCGUUUCAAUUUGAGUACGACUUACCAAUACAGGGACCGCCAAAUUGGGAGCAAUUGUGGCCAAACCAGUCAAUGGUUGGCACAGAUUGCCAGCUGGCGAAUGCAAAGGGACUGCCGCUACCCGAUAAACAGCUUAGGUAUGUUAGUAAAGAAAUACCUGGUCAACUGUGGCGUAAUAUUCAGUUUGUACGCCAUCUAGGAUCGGGUUCUUAUGGUGUGGUUUGGGAGGUUAGUGCUGACAAACAAACCGGAUCAGUAAAAUGGGAGACCGUGCAGUUGGCCUGUAAAGUGAUGCGCUUUAAUCCAAACAAAGCAGAUUACAAGAAAAAAGUGGAAACUAUGUUGGCCGAUAUGUAUCAGCUCCGGUAUCUGAAGCACGACAACAUUGUUCAAUUUGUCGACAUUAUAGGUGUUCCCGAUUCUCAAACAGGUUUUCCCUAUUCGAGUCUCUUGGUGUUGAUGGACAUGUGCGACAACGAUCUGUUCGAACAAAUGAAAAAGUCUGGUCCAUUGUUAGAGCAACAAACCAUUGAAUGUCUCCGGCAGAUCAGUUCGGGGCUCCGGUAUCUACACGUCGAUCAGUGUAUGGUUCAUUUGGACAUCAAACCGGGUAAUAUACUGUACUCGACCAAUGGUGGUAAACCUGUUGAUCAAUGGCAGUACAAAUUGGCCGAUUUUGGAACGGCCAUCGUCUAUCCGGAUAGACAGUCAAUGGAAUCGCAAAUCAGAUGCGGUACCAUUAUUUUUAUGGCACCCGAAAUGAACAUGGGUGGCGGCCAGAUGCUAUCAACUCGUAAGUGCGAUAUUUAUUCAUUGGGCGCAACUGUAGCCUGUUGUCUAUUGGGUUGUCGCAUGUAUCGGCCGAAUACAUUUAUGGCCGAACUGCCCAAUAAGCGUCCAAGAAUCAGUACCAAACUAAUCUGUCUGAUCCAGAAUCUGACCCGACAAAAACCAGUCCAUCGGCCAGAAAUCGAAAACGUUUGCAACUUAGUGUAUCAACUGUAG